AUGGAGCAAAAAUUUCAGCAAACUUCCUUGGUUGAUUACAGCUUAAAAGAGGGGGAGACUCUUGUACUACAAUUAAAGAACAAAAGCGCUGAAAUUGUCAAGUCCAAGGUUUCUGAGAACAACUCACCAGACAAAAAGGCCAACCAAAAAGAGCCCUUGAUUUGUAUCAAACCACCACCACCUCCCCCCGGACCACUUUCACCGUCUACUGGUCAGAAGUCUCCUACAAACUGCCCCCCAAAUCUCAAUCUUCUGGGGGAUUCUAACCACAAAGCCUCAGAAUCAACAGAAGAUGAUUCAAAAGAAUCAAUUUCUUCUGGAAAUGAAAUCACUCAAGAUAUACCAGAUGAUGACUUUGGGGAUUUUCAGACAGCUAGUUAA